AUGAUUAGAAAUAGAAUUAAGCAUCGCAUCCAACCAUGGAUAGAACCUCCACGGCCUAAGUUUGCAUAUCGACGAGAGUUUUUAUUUCUUCCAGUCAUCCAGAUGAAUCAUGACCUUAUGACCUCAUUGACUGAGGGUGGUUAUAUAAACGCCCCAACGGCUCAGAACCAUCCUAGCCAUCUUUUCCAUUCUUCUUACUCACAGACUCAAAAUACAACAAUCGCCAUGGCCCUGCGUUCGAGCCUCGGAAACUUCUCAAAGCUGCCUUAUGAGAUCCGCGAACUGAUCUGGUUGGAGUUCUACCCUGUCAGUUGGGACAAAUCGAAUAUAGAACCAACAUCAGUCCAGACCUCAGCAGAUAUAGAUCUCAGAGUACUCCGUGCCAGUAGGAGCCUCUAUGACGAGAUAUCGCAUAUCAUCUACUCAAAGACGACCCUGUGUCUUAAUCUCUCGCCCUUAUCAUGCGAGAGUGACACAUUUUGGGGUGCUCUAAGGUUUAAAAGGCGCGUCAGAAAGAACGUCUUCUAUGACGGAGGAGCAGUCUGGAGGCUUGAAAGCGGCUACGAUGACAGAGACGACCAUUUCGACUAUUUUCCUUUUGACAAGUUGGCCGCUAUAGAAAUCAGCCUAUCCGGCCCGGAAGACGCAGCCCAGGUUUUCUGGCUAUGGAGAAACGUUGUCAGGACACUUGAGCUACUAGAAACAGCAUCAUCACUCCCGCCCAUAGUCAUUCGACUUCAGAAAGGCAAGGACUUCAAUAUACAUGAUCUAUACGCAGAAUUCGAUGGCUACGACCCAAAUAACUAUUAUUAUUGCUUAUUUGCCCAGGCGACUUUUCCAAAGCGCAAGAUGUUAAGUUGGAUAGACACUUGUCAUGGGCUCCGUUAUUAUCCAUUUUAUAUCUAUAACUCCCCCGGGCAGUAUAUCUAUGAUAUUUUGAUUAUACCCUUCUAUUCUAAGUUACGAGGCGCUACAUCUAUUCAAGUUGAAGUUCACUCGUGCGAAAUAAAGGAUAAAAUGGACUGGACCAAAAUUCAUUUUGCCGAAAGUGUGCUUUCUAGAAGGAUUAAGGGGUGUGAUUCCCUUGAAUAUCACCGCGAUGAGCGUGAGCUCUUCCACCAGGUUUUUUCAGACUACACUGAUAUACAUGACUGCUUGUUCCAUGGCCAUUACGGGGUUAAGGGGGGAAUCAUACCCUUCCUACACGUUGAGUGGGAUUGCCAAACCUUCCGGUCUAUCGGCAAAAGACCAGCUGGUAUUCCACCGCCAAAUAGCCCACGAACAACAACUAGAAGCCCCCGGAAGGGCAGGAUAAUGUACCAUAUCCCUCCUCUGAACUGUACUUACGAUUCUCUAAUCACUAUUACUUCUAAGUUGUCUACAUAUAUUACUUAA